UUUAAAGUGUUCUGCAGUGUAAAUCAGUGAUACGUCACUAGAGGGCGGUAGCACACAGACACCGGAAGUUUGCUGCCAUUACAUUUUAAGGAGAAGAAGAAGAAGAAGAGCAAACGUGUUUUACACAAUAACGACAUUGUUUUCAAAGUAUGCGGUAACCAGCGCUGUGUUGCCUUCUUCUGAGCACGAUGGCCACUCAGAGAGUCCUCCCUUCAAGCAAAGAGACUCUGCUGCAGAACUACAACAAGAGACUGAAGGAUGACAUCAGGUCCAUCCUGGACAACUUCACUGAAAUUAUCAAAACAGCAAAAAUCGAGGAUGAGACGCAGGUUUCUAGGGCAACCCAAGCAGAGCAGGACCAUUAUGAGAUGCACGUCAGAGCAGCCAACAUUGUACGAGCCGGCGAGUCCCUGAUGAAACUGGUGUCCGAUCUGAAGCAGUUCCUGAUCCUGAACGACUUCCCCUCGGUGAACGACGCCAUCAGCCUCCAGAACCAGCAGCUCCGCUCGCUGCAGGACGAGUGCGACAAGAAACUCACCUCGCUCCGUGACGAGAUCGCCAUCGACCUGUAUGAGCUAGAGGAAGAAUAUUACUCCUCCAGGUACAAGUAGGCUCAUACUUGCCCCCCCCCCCCCAUCCCACCGCCACUCUCUUGUCCCAUGCUCAGCACCAUGUAUUGUCUCACCUUCACCAUUCACUGCUGAGCCCGAGGAAGGGUUUAGUUCUGCCAACAUCUAAACCUGACACCUUUUGGGUUGAAUUUAUCUCAUCAUCUUCAUAUCCAAACGGUACCAUUCAUCAACUCAGAUCAUUGCUGAGGGUUGUUGUGAUGGAGAUUAUCUCACAAAGUGACUUUUUUAUUGAUUAGUAAGUGCCUUGACUUUUUUCUGUUCUAUGACGUGUGUCAUAAUCGCUUAUAAAUAGAGAGGACUUCAGCAUUAAAUGGGUAUGCAAUUAAAUAUUAGCUGUGUAAAUGUAUGCAGCUCUUGAAUUACCACAGUUCAACGUGUGUUUUAGAGCAUUGAAUGCAGUUUUCUGAUGCAGUUAGAAAGCCAGAAGCUUUAAUGGUGACAAGGAUGAAUUUUAAAAUUCAGAACAGAAAGCCUCAGCGUUGAUCUGCUGAUGGGUUUAUUUGUAAAUGGUGAUCAGACUUUCGGUUUCCUGGUUUGCAGUUGAGUUAAGUUUUAACAGAUAUUAUCAGACUCAUGGGAGAGAUGCAUGGCUUAGUGAAGCCUUUUCUCCUACUUAUUUUACCACUAAAAAUAUUUUUAAUUGAAGAAAUGACCAUAGUUCUUUAAAUUUCAUGAAUUUAAAGUACUUUUUUUUCAUGGAUGAAUUGUUAGAUGGUUGUUAAAAAGGCUUCUGGGUUUUGCAAAACAAAGAUUUGUAGGGAACCCCCCUUUAGAAGAAUUUACACAUUGAAAGAACUAAAACUAUAUCUGAAUUUGAUAGAUGUAUGAUUCACUUUUAUUCAGCAUUAUUUAUAUAUAAUAUUUAAAUCACAAAUGUAAAGGUGAUGACCUAUAUGAUAGAUUUUAAGGGUGGACUGUGGAUGAAUGUUUGGUUUAGACACAACACUUUACUGUUAUUUAUUCAAGGUCUGAUCUGAAAAUAAGUUUCUCAAGUAGAAGUUUUUCUGUAAAAGCAAUUUAGAUAAUAAUUUUUAAAUGAUUCCGUCCUUAAGACCACAAGUGACUCGAGCUGUAACCAUGCAAGUGGUGUCAAUCACACAUGGUGUGGUUGUACUUGUGUACCAGUUUGUGCCAGCUGUUCCAGUAGACCCAGAAUGAUUAAGAAAUAAAGUAGAGACAAAACACUGA